AUGUGUGCUUUGAAUUGCUUUGCUACCAAACACAUGGAUGAAGAAAGCGUGAGCCGUCAAGCUGCUGAAAUUGAGGCCCUCCAGGCGAUUUUUGCGGAUGAUUUUCAGCUGGUGGAUGAAGCUCAAGAAGGCAGAAAGGUGGGAGCAUCAUUCCGAGUUCAAUGCCAGCCAUUGGGGCCAUUGUUGGUUUGCUUGCCAGUUGAUUACCCUUCGUCAGGUUGCCCCUCCUUCACUGCAGAGAGGCUGCGUGGCACACAAGCUGCCCAAGUGCAAGAAGGUUUGGCAGCCAUUGCAAAAGACUUGAUGGGCCAAGAGUGUGUUUUCCAGGUUAUAUCUGCUGUGCCUGAGGUAGCUUCAGAGGCAGGCUUGAAGGAAUACGAGGAAGCAGAUUCCUUGCAAAGCGGGCCUUUUGAAGAACAGGGGCAAAGAGCAACAGCGCAAGGGGCGCAAGGGGCGUGGGCCUCUGACACUCCCGAAGGAACCUUGCUGCUGCUCAGUGUGAGAUCUGGGCAGAAGGUGAAAACAUCAAAGAUAACCAACCUGUCUGAACUGCGCCGGGUCAGCAAUGCUGGCAGCAUUUGCAUUGAUUUAGCUUCUUCGAAGAACACAGAGAACUAUGAGCUGGCCAAUUUGCUGGCCGCAAGCCUCCAGGUCAAGGCCGAUGAUGUGGAGUUCCUGGUUGGAACCAGGAAAGAGAAAGCAGGAGACUGCAAAAAAGCCCUCAUCCGCCGUUUGAGAGUUGAGGAAGCAGUGAGCCGACUGUUGACCUGA